AUGCGUUCGCUUCUGCCGGUUGCUGUGUAUUGCAUCAGCCUACUCUCCCUCCAGCAGCUCCUGGCUCUCCCGGUCGCAGACCGUCUGGAGAGAAACAGGUAAGAAGAAAGACAUUACAUGACUUUCCUAUAUUGAACGUGCGUUCCAGUUCCUUCUCAUUCACUUUCUAAGAGUAAUCCUUUCAGGAUGUGAUGAUUAUUGAACAAAAAUGCUCUUGUGGAGGGCACAUUGGACAUAUGAAAGCGCAUGCAAUUUCAAGAGGAAAUCUGAAGGCAUUAUUCAAAUAUAGGCUACAUGUAGUCUUAUUUUAUUCAAGGAUUCGGAAUAUACAGUGAUGGGUGAGAUGCAUUAUUAUGAUAUUGUCUAUUCUCGAAUGUCCAACGACUUUGCCGGUGUUUGGUGAAUUGACGUGCGCCUUUUUUUUAGCCUACUGUUUUUUAAAUUAAGUCACACGGUCAAACCACAAACCCGUUGAACCAGUUAUUAUAUCAUGUUGAGGUUAACGCAUUAAAGUACGCUGACGUUUUUGUUCAGUCAGGUGUUGUGUCGGGGAGAUAACGGAUAGAGAGUAGUAAUGGUAAGAGAGUGGUGCUAGCCGGCAAGGUCAGAGAGAGAGACGUGUUACACUAAAUGUGCGUUCCCGCUCAGAUAACCUGGGGGCUCUGUAGUUAUGAUAUGACCAUGUGAAAACGUUUGAGGGGAAUCCGUGUUUUUAGAAUGGAUUGAGAGUUCAUCCAUGCGCGCUUUGCGCAGUCUCUGGUUUGCACUGCUCUAUCCAUUGGGCUAGGUCUGUUAUGGGAUUUAAACACUUAUAUUGACUUAAAGUUCAUGAUAAUGUAGGCUAAUGAGCGCUAUCUUAUCCAUGAUCUCUAUGUUGGAAAAUGGGCACCAUGAUGAAAUUACGCAUUUAUUCCAUCUGCAUAAUAAAGUGUACUCUUCAGAAUUUGUGUUCUUAUAUGAUGCAAUUGAAUUUAGUCCAAAAACUCAAAACAUAGUUAAUGGGACAGAGGACAAUACGACUGUCAUUGCAUCAUUGUUUCACACUGCUCUACAAACCCAAACUGAUGCGCAGGUUAGACGCGUUAUUACACACUGUUAUGUAUUUUAUUGAAAUAUUACCCAUGAAGAUAAACGUUACAUCCAAUCUGGCACUAUUCAUGAAAUACUUCCGUACAGUUCGUUAUAGGUCCCUAAACAAAAGUGAUAGCUACUUGCGUCAGUGUUCAAGGGUAAGGUUAAUUGCGCCAAACUAAUAUACUAUCCCCCUAAUGUUCCAUGUGAUUUGAUUAUCUACUUUAUCUGACUAUAUUUUGGAAUGCAACAGAUAUAUGGUUGUGUGUUUGUCUUACAAAUUAGGUUUGGUUUUAGUAAUUUGUUCAGGCAAAUGUAUGGUCCUGAAGUUAACAGUAUGUUGUGUUAGGAAUAUGACCUCAUGUGGGACAUAUGAUAGCAGAGGUGGAAAAAACAGGCCCCCUCAUGUUGACAUUUGCUGAAUUUCCCCCCGAAAUUCCAGGCAUUGGCUACUGUACUGUAAUACUGUAAUGAGUGGCACUUGUAUUUUUCCACUCUGCUAUUCUUCUGUGUGUGACAUGGUAGUAAAUCCCAAGAUCACAGGGAAUUGGUCAAUAAUACACACGAACACACACACACAAUUUCCCAUUUCCUAUUUCAUUGGGUGGGCAGACGUGCCUGUGCAAAGUGAAGGAGAAGUGAACCAGUGAAGACUCCAGUCUCUGGUAUGUUUUAGUGCAGUGAGAACUAGAGCAGAGGGUAGAGUCAGUGUCUGCAUGCCCUCUUCUGGUGGGAGACUGACAGGAACCUGGACCCUGUCAAUGAGAGAAACCAAUGAAAACAGAUGAUUGCCUUCACCCAGAGCCGUGCCUUUACAUAGAAAUCUGGGAUGUUGAAAACUUUAAGAGGAACAUUUUCAUGUGUUAGUCAUUUUUUGGGGCAAAUGAAGUGAGGCACUUGGUUGUAUCCAGAUGUUCCUCUAAUGUGGGUUAGCGCUGUAGGACACACUGACAGGUCCUAAAAAAUGUCCAUGAGUUGUGUUGUUGGCCUGGUAACUCAGACAUGAUCAACCAAGGGAUCUGGAGAUGAUCAUUUGUUGAGUCUUAUUCAUAUUAUUACUAGGUCAGUGACCCUACUGUUAACUUGCUGUAUAUCUGCACUCAGACUCACCAUUUUAGGGGCAUCAACUUUCAACAGAAUUUUUUUUGCUGACAUGCAUCCAUGAAUGGACAGGUAAGUCUUUAUGGUUUAUAAUUGAGGUUAUUGACAUGAGGAUGUGGAAAAAGAGGGUUGUUUUUACCCUGCAUGACGUAGAUUGGAUGGCAGGGCUGAUUAGGGUGUGCCAGACAAUAGUCUCCAUAUAAGGUGACCCUAUUCUGACAGGAGAGCCCCUACGCUGGAGGUUCGGACAUAACAAUUUAACAGCUUAACCACCUCUGUCUACAGGUGUGUGCGCGUGUGUGUGUCUGCGCAUCUGUGUGUGUGUGUGUGUGUGUGUGUUUCACAGAGCAUAGACAAACACCUGCUGUUGAAAUCAAAUUGAAGCAAAGGGAAGCGUGACUCAAACACCUCUCUGUUAAUGUCAGUCUGAGCUCCCAGCAGAGAUAGGCUAUUUCUGCUUCCCAAUGGUUGUUAUAACAUUCAUUUCCAUUUAAAACAGUAGGGACAGAAUUUGUGGGUAAUGAUGGAUGGGAUUGCGGUUGCAACAGUGCUCUCUAUCAGUGUAUUUGAGUGAACACAGCAGCGUUUCAAAAACAAACAGUUCAAUAAGAGGGAGUCUGUUUGUCCUUUCCAAGCUGUGGUUGUGUGAGGGGUUAUCGUUCCUCGUAAUCCCCUCUGGAUGUUCCCUUGGUGAUGGAAGGGAGAUUCAUAAUGUCCUCCCUCUAUUUCCUCACUCUCUCUCCAAUUCUGGUGUCUCUCUUCUCUCUCAUCUUGAAUGUGGGUUGCCCUCUCUAUAAUGUGGUUUCUCUCUCCUCUCUAAGGCUGGUUUCUCUCUUCUUAAUGCUAGUUUCUCUCUCCCUCUUUAAGGAUGGGUUCUCUCCCUCUUAAUGCGGUUCUCUCUCCCUCUCUAAGGCUGGUUUCUCUCUCUCUCUAAUGCUAGUUUCUCUCUCCCUCUCUAAUGCUGGUUUCUCUCUCCCUCUCUAAUGCUGGUUUCUCUCUCUAUCUCUAAUGCUGGUUUAUCUCUCCCUCUCUAAUGCUGGUUUCUCUCUCUCUCCCUCUCUAAUGCUGGUGUCUCUCUCCCUCUCUAAUGCUGGUGUCUCUCUCCCUCUCUAAUGGUGGUGUCUCUCUCCCUCUCUAAUGCUGGUGUCUCUCUUCCUCUCUAAUGCUGGUUUCUCUCUCCCUCUCUAAUACUGGUUUCUCUCUCCCUCUCUAAUGCUGAUUUCUCUCUCUCUCUCAAAUGCUGGUGUCUCUCAUUCUCGAAUGCUGGUGUCUCUCUCCCUCUCUAAUGCUGGUGUCUCUCUCUCUCUCUAAGGCUGGUUUCUCUCUCUCUCUAAUGCUAGUUUCUCUCUCCCUCUCUAAGGCUGGUUUCUCACUCCCUCUCUAAUGCUGGUUUCUCUCUCCCUCUCUAAUGCUGGUUUCUCUCUCCCUCUCUAAUGCUGGUUUCUCUCUCCCUCUCUAAUGCUGGUUUCUCUCUCCCUCUCUAAUGCUGUUGUCUCUCUCCCUCUCUAAUGCUGGUGUCUCUCUUCCCCUCUCUAAUGCUGGUGUCUUUCUCCCUCUCUAAUGCUGGUGUCUCUCUCCCUCUCUAAUGCUGGUGUCUCUCUCCCUCUCUAAUGCUGGUGUCUCUCUCCCUCUCUAAUGCUGGUGUCUCUCCCUCUCUAAUGCUGGUGUCUCUUUCCCUCUCUAAUGCUGGUGUCUCUUGCCCUCUCUAAUGCUGGUGUCUCUCUCCCUCUCUAAUGCUGGUGUCUCUCUCCCUCUCUAAUGCUGGUGUCUCUCUCCCUCUCUAAUGCUGGUGUCUCUCUCUCUAAUGAUGGUUUCUCUCUCUCUCUCUAAUGCGGGUCUCUCUCCCUCUCUAAUGCUGGUUUCUCUCUCCCUCUCUAAUGCUGGUGUCUCUCUCCCUCUCUAAUGCUGGUGUCUCUCUCCCUCUCUAAUGCUGGUGUCUCUCUCCCUCUGUAAUGCUGGUGUCUCUCUCCCUCUCUAAUGCUGGUGUCUGUCUCCCUCUCUAAUGCUGGUGUCUGUCUCCCUCUCUAAUGCUGGUGUCUCUCUCCCUCUCUAAUGCUGGUGUCUCUCUCCCUCUCUAAUGCUGGUGUCUCUCUCCCUCUCUAAUGCUGGUGUCUCUCUCCCUCUCUAAUGCUGGUGUCUCUCUCCCUCUCUAAUGCUGGUGUCUCUUGCCCUCUCUAAUGCUGGUGUCUCUCUCCCUCCUCUAAUGCUGGUGUCUCUCUCCCUCUCUAAUGCUGGUGUCUCUCUCCCUCUCUAAUGCUGGUGUCUCUCCCUCUCAAAUGCUGGUGUCUCUCUCCCUCUCUAAUGCUGGUUUCUCUCUCUGCCUUCUUCCCUCCUUUUAUCUAUUUAUUUACUCAGUAAAUGUCCCACUUUUUCUUCCCUCCAAACCAAACGGUCUGUUCUUCCCAUCACACAUGAUGAUCCCAUCACAGGCUAAUAACAAUAACACAGGCCUCAUUGCUCCGACUCUCAUUCCCCUUUUCAGACUGAGGUGUGAUGUCCUGAUCAUGGACGGCCCGCGGGCCUUGUGUUUUGACACCCCUGCUCUAGGCCAUUCACAAUACAAACUAUACCCUUAUAAUACGCCAUUUAGCAGACGCUUUUAUCCAAAGUGACUUACAGUCAUGCGUGCAUACAUUUCGAACCCACUACCUUGGCGUUACAAGCGCCGUGCUCUACCAGCUGAGCUACAGAGGACCUUCAUUUUACAUACAGUAACAACUUGAGAGAAAAUAGUUGAAGGUCAGAGCCAAACCACAAGUUAAAUAUGGCUUUAGAGAUGAAGCAGCUUUACAUUGUGGAUUCCAGUAGUGGGAUGCAGGGUGCCCCAGAGAGAGGCGUGUUACUGCACUUGUUGCCGUGAUGACCCUCACUGCUUCCACACAGUCUGGGUCAGAGGUCAACGACAUGAUAUGACAUGUCAGACAUCCCAGACAGGAUGCACGCAUCACAGUUUGUGUAUUGAGAGUUUGUGUAUUGAGCGUGUGGAAGUGUAAAGUGUAUUAUUUUUAGAAAGAUGGACUGUGUAUGUGUAGCCUCCUGGUCUGGCCAUGUGUAUUUGAGUCUGUGUGUAUUUGAGUCUGUGUGUAUUUGAGUCUGUGUGUAUUGUGGGCAUGAGUUUGCUCAGGAUCCUUACUGGACAGAAAACCCCCAAUGAUUUUCCCGUCUGUCCAUCCUCCUCCUAAAUCAUUAACUCCUUCUGUCUCCCCAUAUGGGACCAGCAUCAGGGCCAGGACCCUUGCCUGCAAUUCAGAUGUCAACACCCAUCCAUAGUCCAAACACAAUAUUUACCCCAGAAACAGGCACAUUGCAUCAUCAUCCACCACCCAGAGGACAUACUGUUGUCUUCUGAGGAAUAUAUCAGAUGCUCUUUGCAUCCAUUAGAUGGUGAUAGAUUUUAUAACUCUAUAUACAGUAACUUUAUAUAGAUUUAUAGACGUUUAUACAAUAUCAAAGACACAACAUGAACAUUACCUUGACUAAUAUGGCUCAUAAAUACCUAAACUUUACGUGAGUUAUCUCUUAUAUGUACUUGUAAUACACUUUGCAUGCUUCACGGUCUGAUAUAACCGCGUAGAUCGCUAUGUGAGAGGCAGUAUGUAUGGCUCUGAGGUUAGACCUCUGCUCUGAGGACGUAUGGCUGCUCUGAUGUGGGCCACACUGUAAACAGAAGCCUGGACUGCCGAUGUAUGGAGAUGUACUGUCUCCCUCUCUGUAUCUACCACAUAAACACUGCCAUGCCCCUCCCUCUCUCUCUCCCACUCUCUCGCUCUCUCUCUUUCUCCUUCUCUCUCUCUGUGCUCCGUGGGGGUCAUUGCGACCAGGCCUAAAGAGAAGAGAGAACUAGUCUCCCGCCAGGCAGCUCAGAAUUCCACAGUGGAUUAGUGUCUAAGACCUAAAUUCCACAUCCAUGAAGAACAUGCUUCCACUCUGCACUGAAAGCCUGAACAUGGCGAAAGGCUUGUGUGUGUGUGUAUGUAUGUAUGUUUGUAUGUAUGCAUUAGGGUUGUCACGAUGCCAGUAUCGUGAUACUACAAUACCAGAUUUUCCAAUAAACAAAUGUGACUCUAGGUGACAACAUAAUGCUGUUUGAUUCUAAUAUUAGGACUGUUUUCCUCAAGAAAUUAAAUCUGCUUCGUGGUUUGUUUCCUUGCCACGAUACUUCUGGCUAUCGCGAUACUGGAAUCGUGACAACCCUUGUACAGUAUGUCUGUCUGUCUGUGUGUGUGUAUACUGUAAGUGUUAAAGAAGUAACACAGGAUAAAGGCAGAAGAAUGAACACAGAUGGAGCUCUGAGGUCUGAGGAGAGAAGGACUAAGCUCUUGUUUCAUAUUCUGUUGGUGGUUGAGAACAAUUUAGGUGCUAUACUAGCUAAGUACAGUCAUUUGUAGCGUAGAUGGAUACCUACAUUACCGAUGGAGAGCAGGCCUCAAUCAGGAGUCAGCACUGCAGCUGUGAGUGACUGCCUCAGUCCAAUUGGAACGUGGAACUGCAACCACUGUGGGGUUUGAAGUCCGUCUCCCAAUUCCUUAACCACUACACACUUAAGUCUCCUGCGGGGAACAAGAGAGAAUAGAGAGAAAGUGAUGAGUCUCCUUUCGGUUUCUGGAUACGUGGCAGUCGUUCUUUCAAGCCAUGGACUUUAGCAACUGUGUACACUUUCACCCAAUCCAGUGCAUUAUGAGGAAAGUGCUAAAUCACCCCUCUUAGCACGUACUUAUCAUCAACACAAGAGGUUAUAAAAACACCAACGCAUGGAGAACAAGCGGCAGCAAUGGUUCAUUCACAAAUAAAUCGCCUUUCGCUUAUUUCUGUCUCCUUACUGAGAACACAAUCUGUCCUCUGUUAGCUGCAUGGGGCCUGGCGAGGAUUAUGUAUGAAUGUGCCACAUUUACUGCUGAUUACGACAGCCCAUGGUAGGCCCCUGGGUAUAAGCAUGUAUGAAGGGCCUGGUACUGGCCAAGGCUUACCCCUCUCUGAGGGGGCCUUACUGGGGCAGAGGAGGGCAUCAGGCUGGGGCUGGUGGGACAAUGGGCGAUUCCACACCAGUGGGAGUGUAACAUAUUUUUGGUAUCUCAGAUUGUUUUGACAAUUCUCACAUUGAAACUUCAUUGGGGCAAGGAUGUUUGAAAUGCUUUUCACAUUUGUAUCACAAGCAAUGUUUGAGAAAAUCAUGAUGAAAGUAGCCAUUUUAGGCCCUUUUUAGACCUAUACAUGCCUCCUAUAAGACCCUAUGAUCCGUGAACCGUACAUGAUACAGACAACAUCUUGGUGUCAUUAUACUCCUUAUAGUGUUCUCUAAAAUAUGGGGUAUAUCUUGAUUCUGAAAUAAAAAAUGUCACAUUAAUUUAUUCAACAUUAAAAUAUGAAUAUGAAUAGCUCAAAACUACCCUUUUGGAUUUUUUUCAUUUAAAGACAUUGUUUGGAACAAUAUACUCUAUAAGUGAAUAACAUUUCCAGUGUGGGCUCUCUGCUCAUUCUGAAGGUACGAUCAAUUUUAUGAGCACCACCAACACAGUGAAUGGGAAAAUGGAUUCAAAGGGAACUCCCUCUGCUGGUGACUUGCUGAAUGUGCAAUCCUAAAGGAGGGCUGUAAUUGGUUAAUGACCUAUCAGGUAAAUUUAUAUGUAUAAAAUGGGUAAUAUCAUUAAAAGUACCAGAGAGCCCACUCUGGAAAUGUUACGUGUUUGAAGAGAAUGUCUAAAAAGGAUAGUUUUGAGAUUAAUAUUAAUAUUUGUAAUGUUGAAUAAAUGAAUGUCAAAAUGUGUAUUUCAGAGAGAACACUAUAAGGAGUAUAAUGACAUCAAUAUGUUGUCUGUACUAUGAACAGUUCACAGAUCAUAGGGUCUUACAGGAGGCAUGUAUACUAAAAAGGGUAUAAAAUGGCCAAUUUCAUCAUGAUUUUCAAAAAAAUGGCUUGUGAUAGAAAUGUUACAAACAUGUUAAACAUUCUUCCUCCCAAUCAAAUGUAUAUGUGAGAAUUGCCAGAACAAUCUGAGAUACCUAAUUGCUCCUGGAAGUAACUCUGGAUAAGAGCGUCCGCUAAAUGAAUAAAAUGUAAAUGUAAAUACCACAAAAAAAAUCUGCUCCCGCUGGCGUGGAAUCACCCUAUUGUUGUGGUUCCACUGGUGGGUCUCAGUUGUGAUUCCAGACCUUAACCUCAGUCUAAACUGUGGGAGUAAUACGAAAGAAUAACCCCACACUGCAGCACAAAGGAGUUGGGAUCAUCUUACCCUUUUAUCGAACCCUCAAAUCCCUCCUCCCUCCGCCCCUUCCCCGGCUAAGUGACUUUUAGCUUAAUGCCCUCUGAUAAAAUGUGACUUUUACAGAACAAGUAGGUGGAUUUGUUACCAAUAUAUUUAAAAAAAAUAAUCUUCCACAUAUCAGAUGGUGCUCAAAACAAAUGUUGAGUGAGUGAAUGUUUCCAAGAAUGUGUAGCUCUGAUAUCUUUGAUCCCCUGCCAAUCACAAAGACCUCCAUUACUGUCAAUUUGCAGGAUUACUUUCUCAAUAGCCAAAUUAGACGGGCUGUCAGAUCAGAUGUGAUCCAGUGAGAGAGUUCCCACGUUGGGCCGGCCUACAGUACAUGGUGCUGUUGCCUUCUCCUGGCUGUGGGCUAGAGCACGGUGGCCAAAAGGCUUAUUGUGGGAUCAGAAGAACAUCCCAACGAAACUGGAGAGGAGCAUGUGCACUGGGCACACUCACUUACAGUCACACCUCCGGUCCAAAGUCUUUGGCCAAAACGCUCCCCUCAGAUCCAUCCGAUCUCUCUGGAACAGACACAUACAAAUGAGUCCUGGCUGUACCUAGGGACAAAACAGACAAGUUCACAUUUGCUUGUGAAGCCAUUAUAUAAAAGUCUAAGGGCAUCAGCGUCAGGUGAAGGUAAAGCGGUCAGGUCAGAGGGUGUAACAGAGAAGAGAGGAGGACAAAAGGACAUGGGAAGAACUCGCUGGGUGGGAGGCGAACCCCACAGAAACCCAAACACGUUUAACCUCCUUUAAACAGCAGACUCGCUCUUUCUUUCUUUUUUCUCCUUCUCCGCCUCCCUCCAGUUACUAAUUCGCCAAGAAAAUUAUUUUUUAACUACAUCACAGGGUCUUUAUGGCUGUCUGCCAGCCCAGAAUAGCCUGACUAGCGAAGCGGCCAUCGUCUGACUGCGUUGGGUCGGGCUCGGGGUGACAUGGUGUGUUAUGGGAGAUUCCAGUGCUGAGUGAGCCACAAAGUCCACUACUGCUCCACCAGGGGUGGAUGAGGGCAUGUUAAAUGGGCAUUAAAACACACACAAAGACACACACAAACAAACGACUUGGUCGAUGGGGUGGAUUGGGACUGACACAAUGUCUUAGAGCAGCAGGGAGACUAGAGUUUUGCAAGGUCAAACAUUUGUUGACGUGCCCUUGAGCAAGGCACUUAACCCUAAUUUGCUCCAGGGGUACCAUACUACUAUGGCUGACCCUGUAAAACAACACAUUUGACUGCACCUAUCCGGUGUACAGUAAAACAUAUAUCAAUUGUUUUUUACAGAUGUGAAGCUGGGUACAGCACACCCACUGGGCACAGAUCUAUUCCACUUUGGUUCAACGUCAUUUCAUUGAAUUGAUGUGGAUACAACGUUGAUUCAACCAGUGUGUGCCCAGUGGGCAUUGUUUGGCACUGGCAGUCUGCACACCGCAUCAGACCUGUUUUUGUCCCCUGAUCCAGGGGUUAAAUUAAGCUGUUCUGUAGCGGUUUCACCUUUCUUUUGUUUAUUCACCAUCUCUUCUUUCCUAACGGAUUAAGUUUCUUCCUUCCUCAUGUGUGAGAAACACAUUUUCCACCAUGGAUUCGAAACACAAAAGAAGAAUGAGCCUGUACAGAAGAUUGUAUUUCAGCCUUUUUGUGUAAAGAAAGGUCAACUAAAUAAAAAUGUACUGUAAUGAAUAUAGACUAUCCAAAUCUAUAUAACAACCACAUUGCAGUAUUUAUGCGGUAUAUAAAUGUAGCUUUUUCGACGCAGUCAAAUACAAUUUGUGCCUGUCUGGCAGCCUGGUGUUUGGCACAGAAGGUGGGUGUGACUUUGCAUUGCCAUGGCAACAGGACAGAGCUGAAUGACUAGGUGCUCCUGGAAAUAGUGCUCCCUCUGUACUACCACAGUGGUUACCAGUGACACCCACCAUCACCAGGCACCAGGGCCCUGCCCUGUACGGGCAAACAGGCUGGAUGGCAGGGAGACACAGGUGGUGACAAAGCUCUUUCAGUGUUUUCUUUGUGGUGGAACUGCUGGAAUAGCAUUAUAUUUUAGCUUGUAAAGUAGCUAGAUUGGCUAGUUACAUUGGGCUGCAAGCCCGCAACUCCCUUUGAGGUUAAAUUGGUUGAACAAACCCAUACAGGUUCAUUGUCAUGUUUGUAGGGUAUUUUCCAGAGAAGAAUGUUUAACUUCAGAAUUUUGACCACGAACAACAUGUUAGGCAGCUUCAUACAUUUACAUUACAUUUACGUCAUUUAGCAGACGCUCUUAUCCAGAGCGACUUACAACACCACCCUGCAUACCCUGCUGACUUGCCUCUGAAGCUAAGCAGGGUUGGUCCCUGGAUGGGAGACCAGAUGCUGCUGGAAGUGGUGUUGGAGGGCCAGUAGGAGGCACUCUUUCCUCUGGUCAAAAAAAAUAUUCCAAUGCCCCAGGGCAGUAUUUGGGGACAUUGCCCUGUGUAGGGUGCUGGCUUUUGGAUGGGACGUUAAACAGGUCACCUGACUCUUUGUGGUCACUAAAGAUCCCAUGUCACUUAUCGUAAGAGUAGGGGUGUUAACCCUGGUGUCCUGGCUAAAUUCCCAAACUGGCCAUCAUACCAUCAUGGCCACCUAAUCAUCACCAGCUUCCAAUUGGCUCAUUCAUCCCCCCUCCUCUCCCCUGUAACUAUUCCCCAGAUCGUUGAUGUAAAUGAGAAUGUGUUCUCAGUCAACUUACCUGGUAAAAGAAGGAAUAAAUAAAGGCAAGAGCCUGGCCAAGGCACUGAACACAUGAACUAAGAGACCGUCUUUAGGAGGCAGAGAAGGUUUUGGAACCCUGUUCAUUAAUAUGGCCACUUCUCACUGUGUCUGUACAGAGAUUGGUUGGUUACCACUGGCAUAGUGGCAUUCUAUAGUAGGCCUACCCUGUUAUUUCUCACAUUCCAGUCAGCGUUUCACAAGGAGAACGCUGCUCUUUUUUAUAAUUACGCUGUAUGCCAACUAUCAUUACUGCUUCUCCUAAAGAGCAGUUGGAAGCCGGUCAGAACCUGAUGCUGUGGAAAUGUUUCUAUGCUCUUUAAAAUAGAGAAAGUAUACAAAAGGGACAUUUUCUCUUCCUUGUUCUAACUUUAUCAUGGGAGGACAUUUAGCACACAAAGGUCAUACUUAAUACUUCAAAGAAUUGAGGCUUGAUAUACCUACACCCACUGGCGCCAUUUUGAGAAUCGAAUUCCCUGACUCACUGCGGCCAGUGCUUGGCCAAUAUGACUUCCGCCAGGUGCAUGAGCCUCUACCUCUUUAGAGCAUCUGUAACGAACUAAGACACAGAGACACAAAUUAGAGCCCUCUGAGCAAACACACCCACAACUGUUCAGAGAAAAGCAUCCCCAGUGCCAAGUUUAAGUUGAGCAGCCGGUGUCAUCGUCAAAAAGAGAACAGAUGGCAGGGUCUCCUCAUUCUCAGCACUAAAGCCAGAGUCAAUCUGAGCUGUGUUUGCUAAACAUGUUCCUGAAACUUAGUGAUGCCUCCGUCCUGUGGACACUGGCCACAGCUUGCUCUGUACAUUAGCCUUCCCUCUCUUGAGUGGGUAGUCAGUAAAUCUCCUGAGCCACUCUGUCUGUUUGCUUUCGCUAAGGUGGACAUGGAGUCUCAAUAGUUGUGACGUCCAGUAUGUUACCAUGUAAUAAAUGGGCAGCAGCCAGGUCCCCAUGCUGUUUUGUUCCUGUGCUGAAAGGCCAUUAGUCUUCUCAAAUGCAAUAAGACAGGAUGGUGACACAUCAACACUCACCAUGCCCAUUCCAUGUGGGUAACGUUUACUGUCAGUGUGUGUCGACAUAAAAUGCUGUUGGAAGUGUGCUUAACAACAGUCUGAUAACAACUAGGCCAGUUCUAAAAUUAGUUCUCUGAUUCAAUGGUCAGCAUUGACCCACAGUGGAAAUAUACAGACAUCAAUCUUGACGUAUCAAUAUCUGAACUUUGUCUUAUUUUUUCCUGUGUUCCCAGGUUGGAGCUGCUUAAGAAGCUUCAUGCGCUGAGAGAGGAGGAGAUCUUCACUCCAAAAACUGGCACCAAACUCGCCAGCCCAACAGACUCCAGCCCUUCAUCAGACCUCCAGCCCUCCAUCAAAUGGCUAUCUGGCUACCUCCUCAGAGACACACCACCCACUGUCAUGAACACAGCCCAUCUUGAAGCUCUGGUAUGGGCGAGGGGUGAGGAAGGCGUGGAGCCCCAACGGACGGGGUCAAGAGGUCGUCGUCAUGCCCACUCAGGGUUGCGGGGGGGUUCCCCACCGCCCACAGCUGAUGAGAGUGGGGUGCGCCCUGGGAACCUGCCAGGUUCAGAACCUCAGCCACCGGCUCUAUCAGCUGAUUGGCCAGAGCGGACGGGAAGACUCCUCCCCCAUUAACCCCCGGAGUCCGCAUAGUUACGGAUGAGCAACGGACGGAUACUUUUCUCUCUCUUCUCUGAAAACAUAAACACCCCAGCAAACCUAUAUCUAUAGACAUGUAUCUCUAUUUUACGUAUCACAGAUAGCCUUUGCAUUAAUGUUAGAUGUAGUCCAUAAAUUUUUUAGAUCCUGAAAUGUCAAUUUCUGUACUUUUUGAAUGACAUUUGCCUUACUCCUCUGUACGCCUCAAAAACGCAUCAUGCUGUUUAAGUAGAAGGAAUCUGACAUGAAUGAAAGCCUCUUAGUCGACACUUCCCACCACCAACCACCCCUGGGAACGAAACCUGUCACCCAUAGAUCCUCUGGACAUUUGGGCCUCGUCAAAGUCUUUGUGUUUCUCCCGGCCUCCUGACUAGCCAAAGAGCUGCAAGGGGCUCAGUUUGACGUUCUAAUCCUGUUAAUGUAAGAAUAAAUGCCCCCGUCCACCGGUCUUUCUCCUUAACACAAGCCAGCGCAACUGGACGUGUCUGUAUAAUGCCUGAUGACCUCCACAGCAGCAGUUAGCUCUGGCCCCAUUGAUCAAACACUUAAGCCUCUAAUGUGGAUUUCUACCAGGGCUAGGAUCGGAUCCCUGUCAGAGCGAAUAUAUUCCUGAAGACCCGUCAAAACAACCCGAUGAACCCUUUUACCCCAGAGCCCCCUAACACCCUAAACCCUGCCCCUUUAGAUCUGCCAGGACAAUUUGAGGGACCAUGUUUGACAUAUCUGGGGUAAGCCUCUGAUUUACAGACCACCAGCAACCAUUUAUGGGCAGACACAGACACUGACCUUACAGACAAGAACCUACUGUAAGUUCUCUGUCAUCUGCAGCCAAUGGUGUUCCCGACAGAAGCUGUCUGUGGUUCUGUGAAGGAGAUGUUUCAGCAGACCACAGCCUUGACAGCCGCAUUCAGCCAUAAUAGUCAAGUUCUGUUCAGCAGUGGCUGGAUGGAGUUCUGCUUCUGGACUCGUCUAGUAGAGACUGUUUAUAGAAAGAGAAAGAAGAGGGUCAACAUUUCAAUGACUCAGCUCCUAUACAAGAUGGAGGUUUUCAAUGUUUUUAUUAUGAAUCAUUGUGGAUCUAUUUCAGCAUUGAGAUCUAUUGGUUGGCUCGUGAACACAGUGAACACUCCUGCUGCCCUUAUCCCAGGGGCUGAGUGUGAAAUAUUAUCCCCUCCACCUGAUUCUUAAGUUCUCCCUCUAAGUCUCGACUUUAAGUUUACAGCAAUUUAAUCAAUCAGACCUAAUCUCUUUAGUUGUACCGCCAUGGUGGUGAGGCGGCAAACACACCAACUCUACCAGACUUAGGCCAUCGUCUGCUGUAUUUAUAAACAAAAGAAUCCUUGACCGUGCCUUGCCCAGGGGACCAUAUAAUUACUAGCUAAACCAUCACAACUUGCCAACCCAAACCCAAAAUCUGCCACUAACAGUACUGCCUAGGAAUAUUGUCGUUAUGAAUAAUAAUCAGGUCCGUUAUGAAUACUUAGAUCCUAAAAAUGCUAGUAGUUUAGUGUGUAUAAAACAACACUUUACGCUGUAUGCUUGUAGUUUGUCAAAUGAGUCUAAAUUAGCACAGAGUCAACAGCAAAGUGCUCUGCUGUUACGUUGUGGCUUUGUAAUGACAGACCACAGAGACCAAGUUAGGGAGACAGAGUGCCACAUUUUAAAUCUGUAUACGAAAUACCAUAAAAAAAUACAUGUCCUGAGAUCCCCUUUUUCCCUUGUUAUAACUGUCUCUGAAAUGGUGGGCGGAUGCCCUCACUAAAAAUAACUAAAAACAACCUCAACUCAGCAAGCAUACAAAAAACUAGACCAACCUUCAAAAGGUGCAGAGUCUGUCGAUCUGAAAAAUCAAGCCACAACAUUUCCAUGACAUAAUGCCCAUAAUAAUCAUGCGGCCUGGCUCUUUGAAACACAUAAAAAUGUUUCAUAUUCUCAAUGUCAGAGGAUUAGAAUAGUUGAAAUAAUCCUCAACGUUCAGACUAUUAGUUUUCUAAUAUCUUUGAUCUAAACUUUCUGAUGUUGUUAUUAUUGCAGUUAGAAACCAGGUCAGCAAUUAGUCAUACAUUCAUGUAUUUAUGCUCACAACGACUAUGUAACUAUUAGGUUACUGUGUCAUACUUAUACAAUCACAGGAGUACCCAAAAUUAGCUUAGAGACUUUUAGGGUCCACGUUUUUACUGUUUUGUUUUGACCACAGCGUUGCCUCAAUCAAAUAAU